CUCCUCCCCUGCUGCGUAUAAAGGCUCGGGCUGCGGGUCGGGCGCUCCGGCUGCGGGGCGCAAUGGAGCAGCUGGGGAAGCGGUCGGGGCCGGCGGCUCGGCUGGACGCCAUCCUGCGGCACCUGAACCCGCGGGCAGCCCCUGCUCUCACAUUCGUUCCUACUUCAGCACAAGUUAGUGCUGUUCAUCAGCCGGGGAAGUUUCGCUUUACUCUGGACAACAAUAUCUUGACUACAGAACAAAGGCAGUUCUAUGAAGACAACGGUUAUCUGCUCAUUAGGAAGCUUGUUUCAGAUGAAGACAUUGAGCGUUUCAGGAAGGAGUUUGUGAGGAUCUGUAAGAAAGAGGUGAGAGUUCCCGGAGCCAUGAUUAUGAAAAAUGAGGCCCUGAGAUCCCAGUACGGCCAGACUGAAAGCGUCGUUAACAAAGUGCAGGACUUCCAGGAGAACGAGGAGUUGUUCAGAUACUGUACUCUGCCACAGAUCCUCAAAUACGUUGAGUGCUUCACUGGGCCCAACAUAAUGGCAAUGCACACCAUGCUCAUCAAUAAACUUCCAGAUUCUGAUAAACAGACUUUUCUCCACCCCAUGCAUCAGGACUUGCACUAUUUCCCAUUCCGGCCGGCAGACCGCAUCGUGUGCUCCUGGACUGCCAUGCAGAGGGCUGAUGAGAACAACGGGUGCCUCGUUGUCCUGCCAGGGACACACACGUUGCCCCUGAGGCCUCACGGAUAUCCAGAGUGGGAGGGUAAAACAAACAAAUUGUUUCACGGGAUACUUGAUUACAACGAGAAGAGUCCCAAGGUUCACCUUGUCAUGGAGAAGGGAGACACGGUGUUCUUCCAUCCCCUGCUCAUUCACGGCUCUGGGAUAAACAAGACAUCAGGUUUCCGAAAGAGCAUAAGCUGCCACUUUGCCAGCUCAGAUGGCCAUUAUAUUGAUGUCAAGAACACGACCCAAGCAGACCUGGAGAAAGAAGUGCAAGAAAUAGCACACAAGAAAUAUGACAUGCCUGAUCUGGACCUCAAGGAUGUUUGGACCUUCAGAGCACGAGUUGUGCAAGGGGAAAGAAUUAAUCUGUAGAACAACCUGCGAAGACCAGGAUGGAAAAAUGUGCCUUUAUGAGCUGCUGUGAUGGGAAAGCACUGACCCUACAUCAGCAGUUGGAAUUCUGUGCGCUUUGUUGACCUCUGUGUUGGUAACUUAGCCCAAUGCUGCACUGCUAAAUGGUUUUAUGCUAAUACAAAGUAAUUGCACUGAGGUUGAAACAGCUGAUGUAUGUCAAGGAAAAUCUAACCUAGAAAAACAGAUUUGCUGUGGUUCUUUCAGACAAUCAAAGAAUAAUGGUCUUUAAAGACCACCUUGAUCUUCUUGAUGUCUUCACUCUCAUUUUUAAGGUUUCUCCUGUGACAGACCUUUGAGCUGAUGCUAUAUAAGAUUUUUAUGCAAGUGUAAGUGAUUUUUAAACUGCCCAACGUCCUGUUCUAUGCAAAGGAAGCGCAGGGAGAGUCAGUUUCAUGUGAGCCUUCAGUACAGGAUGAGCUCACGUGGGAAGUCAUACUGAUACCAGCAGAAAGAACCCGCAGGGAACUGGGUAAAGGGAAAGCAGCAGCUUGGAUAGAAAAACGGGUGGAGCAGAAUAUUACUGCUUGCACAGUUCCUCAGACAUGGCUUGGUAUGGUGUGGUAGCUAACCAGGCAGCACUGGCACAAGCUAAACGUGUGUCUGAUACAGCUGGAAACCACUGAGCCUGCAGAGCAUCCUCCUGUUGGCCUCACACAGCUGCUGUCGGGCUGUGUAAAACAAGGGAGUCCUGCUGAGACGGGCAGUUUGGUAAGCGUGCCUUUGGUAUUGCCUGCUCAGAAGGUGGUUAGGAUCCCCUCAGCAUGUACCGGGUGGCAGGGUGGAUUGACGUGCACUGAAAUGAUCUCUUGCCUUUCAUAGUAUUUUUCCUCAACUUCUGAAGGAUUCUUCUGCUUUCAGAAUCUGUUUUUGGAAACAAUGAUUAAACGCGAGUAAAAUGACA